AUUGCUAUGCAUUUUCAUCAAUGGAUCCGUUCAAAAAGGAAUUCAAACGAUACAAACAACGUCAGCCUCCACCAGACCUAUCAGAAGUGAUCGAUUUUACUCAACCUGUGGGAGAACCCUUUAAGAAAUGGGUUACCACAACCGAAACACAUAUUUCAGAUGUAGCACGAACAUCUGACUUUGGAUUGCGUCCAAGUAACGAGUGGCGUGUUUAUGGAAUUCAUGACCAUCCAGGUUUUAUUUUUAUUGUAAAUCCAUUCUUGCCUGGGACACAGUGGCAGUGGAUUGAAAAAUGUAUCAAAGACUAUCCUUGUAAGCCAAAUUUGUGUAAUCUAGAUGCUCACAUGGAAAGAACAUGUGCAAACACAAUCUGGGAUGAGAGCAGAUCUUCUGAAAGUUGUAUGAAGAAGAGUUUACUGUACAAACUCCGCUGGGUUACUCUAGGAUAUCAUUAUAACUGGGAUGAUAAGACUUAUAACAAAAAAAGACAUACACCAUUUCCACCUGAUCUGGGACAGCUUAUGGAAUUCAUUGCCACAACUUUACAAUUUCCCAGCUUCAAGCCUGAGGCUGGAAUAAUCAACUACUAUCAUCUGGAUUCAACACUGUCUGGACAUACAGAUCAUUCUGAGUUUGACCUCACAGCUCCUCUGUUCUCUUUGAGCUUUGGACAAACAGCAAUCUUUCUUCUUGGCGGGAAAACGAGGGAGCAGGUGCCACUCGCGAUGUACUUGCGCAGCGGAGAUAUUAUGGUUAUGGCGAGAAACUCACGACUGGCUUACCACGCUGUACCGCGGAUUCUUUCACCACCAACACACGCAGGCGCACAAAGCUUGCCACUGUGCUUAAUGAAAGAUAAAGAUAAACCAAGCGAGAAUUGCAGCGAGAAGGAUGAUGUUAUUCUUGAACACUACCUUACUGAUUCGAGGAUAAAUGUCAACGUAAGACAGGUUUUAGCACCAGGAAAGGAAUUUCCAGAUGAGGGUCUCGAGGAAGAGUGA